AUGUCAGACACAGAAUCGUCCUCCAAAGACACAGGUUCGUCCUGCACAGAAGCGAAUAAGCGGAAAUGUUCCACAAGCCGUGAGGUGGCCAGCAAGAACAAGAAGACGGAGUUGCCUACGUUCUCUGAUGGAAAAUCCCUCGUCACCUUCAUCGUGGGCCCAGACCCAAACCCUACGGAGUUCUUGAUUCACAAGGAAAUCAUUUGCCAUUAUUCAGAGGUACUUGCCACGGCCUUCAACAGUGCUUUCAAGGAAGGACAGACCCAGACGUAUCGAGUUGAGGACACCACAGAACGAGCAUUCAGACUCUUAAUGCAGUGGCUUUACUCGCAGAAACUCACACUCAUCCAGCUUCAGCCAGAUUACUGCUUUGAUGAAGCCGAAGGAGCGGAGACUGAGCUCGAAGAUUCAGAGGACAUGAGUUUAGUUGAGGUUUGGGUCAUUGCGGACAAAUUUGGAAUACCAUCUCUACAGAAUGCUGCUUUGCAGGCGAUACAAACUAUCUUCGAGAUGUCCUAUUCUCUCAUUCCCAGUCAUACCUUUCACUACGUUUUCGACAACACGUCGGAAGUUAGUCCGCUCCGCGAUUACAUGGUUGCCACUUGCGUUCAAUACGCAAUGCCAGCACAUCUGGACAAUGAAUUCAAAGGUGAUUUUCCACGUGGGUUACUACUCGAGCUGUCUCGGAUCUUCUUGAAAGGCAGCGAGCAUUGCGAACCGGAAGAGCUUGAUGUGUCGAAAUUCUUCGUCCAGUGA